AAGGCAGAUGUGGGCUUAAUAAGGACACCAUUUUUAUUUUUAUUUUUUUGGAAGUUCCAAUUGAAAAACCCUCGACGAAGAAGAAACAGCAGCAGCAGCAGCAGCAGGAGGCCGCAGCUUAAUAGAUGCCCCAUUCACAAAACCCUCCAAAUCCUUCCCUCCUCGCUUUCAAGCCUCGCCAAGUUCUGCUCUCCUCCCACUCUGCCAUGGACAAGACUCAGAAACAAACUCUCAAACCCCAUCAAAGGACUCUUCUCCUUCAAUCCAUCGCUCUCUUUCUCCAACAAAAUGCCUUCUCUAAAACCCUCAAGAAGUUCCGAGCCGAAGCACAAAUUCAGGAGGAUGGUUUGAAAGGGUCAACUCCGAAUUUGGAGGAAUUGUUCCACAAGUAUUCAGAAAUAUGUGAUCAUGCCGUGACAAAUUCCAAUGGAGAGAAGGUUGAAGAGGUGCAGGUGGAUGGUGAUUCUAAGAAAAAGAAAAAGAGGAGUAAGGAGAGUGAUGGUCAUCUUACAGUCACUAAAUCUGACGCAGCUAAUAAAUCUGCCACUGAUGUUGGAGGUGGGUCACAGUUGGAAGCUUCCAAAAAGAAACAUAAGAACAAAACGAAGAAAGGGGAGGUUGUUGAAAAUUUGGAGCAUCAUCCUUCAGAAUCACUGCCUGAGGAAACUGAAAAGAAUUCUAAACAGGUGGUGUCUUCAGAGUGCAAUGAAGUGACUGAUGCGGAGACAGAAAAUAGAACAAAGGAUAAAAAGACAAAGAAAAACAAGACUGAUGAGCAGCAUGACUCUGAGAACAAACCAGAUUCUGCCAUUCCAUUGGAAGACAAGGAUGCCAAGUCCAAAAAAAGGAAGAAAGAGAAGGAUGAUUCUGCCCAUGACUAUAAGACUUCAAAUGAGGAUGUGCCUCAUAAGGAGAGUAAAGGUUCAAAGAAAAGGAAGCAAACAGACUCUGAAGUUAAUGAUUCUCUGCUUGUUGAUGGAAAAGCAGUAGUAGAAUCGAAACGCAGAAAGAAAGAAGGUUUGGAGGAUGCUGAGGAAACCAAGCAGCCUGUUACAGCUGACAAGCGUGCUGAUGAAGAAAGUGAGGAAAAUGGGAAGGAUUCUGCCAUGAAAAAGAAUGUGAAUGGGCAAAGUAAUGGUUCAGCUCAGCCAAAGAAGCCAUUCCAAAGGGUGAAUGUUGAUGAGGUAGUGUUUAUUGAUAAAAGGCUUGAAGACAACUCCUACUGGGCAAAGGAUGGUGCGGACACUGGUUACGGAGCAAAAGCAGAAGAGGUCCUUGGGCAAGUGCGAGGAAGGGAUUUUCGGCAUGAAAAGACAAAGAAGAAACGUGGAAGUUACAGAGGAGGACAGAUUGAUCUCCAGUCUCACUCGGUAAAAUUCAACUAUUCUGAUGAUGAAUGACUGCCAUUUUUUGGGGAUCAUUAUGGUAACUCCUGCAUUAUUUCAACUCACAUCUUAAUUAAUUCAAUGCUUUGAAAAGUUUUGUAACAAGUAUUGCCUGAUUCUCUCCCUUUAUUACCUUGGAUAGAUAUGAGGAUGUAACAAGAUGUGUUUUGUACCAAUGGUCCAAAAACAACAGUGUCAAGUUUUGUUUUAUUUCGAUCAAUUUGUCAUAGGUUCGAAGUGGCUAGAAGACACAAUCACUGCUCAGUUAUCUUCUGUUAAGAACUGUUUGGUGUGGACCUUGUGGUCAGAUUUGUUAUUGGUAUGGAUUGUGUCAGGUGGCUGGUAAUAUGCAGUUGGAGAUCCCUGGAAAUGGGUUGAAACCUGCAACUGUUUUUGGUACU